GUAAAAGCAACCCUCAAGAUGGUUAAUCAAGCGGCUAAUGCUAAAGCUAGCACCUUAUACGUGUUUAAUGAUGAAGCUAGUACCUCAAACACUGUUAAUGCUGAAGCCAGUACUUUUUAUAUGGUUGUGUCUGAUCAAGUGGCUAAUAUUGAAACUAGUACUUUUUACACAGUUGACACUAAUACAAGUACCUUUUAUACGGUUUUGACUGAUCAAGCGGCAAAUGCUAGAAUUACCUCUAGCUUAGUUAAUGUUCAAACCAGUACUUCAUACACUGCUGACCUUGAAGCUAACACCCUCUACGAAAAUGCAGUUUAUGAUGAAACUAGUUUCUCUUGUAAAAGUGCGGUUUAUAAUGAAGCUAGUCCCUCUUGUGACAAUGCGAAUGCUGAGGAGGUUAAGAAUAUAGUUGGUUAUAUAUUUGAUUCAUGGGAUGAUAUUGAUUUUUAUUUCAAAGCUUAUGAUCAAUAUAGUGGGUUUGUUGUCAUUAAGAAAUGGGUUGAACAACACAAUGAUGGUCGUCAAUUGCUUAGAGCAAAAUAUCCAGAUGCAACCUUUUUAGAUGCAGAUCUCGCUAACGCUAUUCAACAUUACAAAAUUAAAUCUAAAGAUCUUGAAACUGACGCUUUACAACUUUUAUCAUUUCUUAUUGAGAGGCGUUUGGAGGAGUCGGGUUGGAGCGUUGAAUUCGA